GCUUGUCGCUGUCAUUGACGAAAUUUCCUGGUGUGAGUGAGUCUCGCUGGAUAUCAACAACAGACUGAAACAGACCACAAAUGAUGAUUUGCUGUUCGCAUGCGAUUCUAAUCUGCAGUAACGCUGGAAAUAACAUUUGACAGCUAGGGGAGUCACAUUCGUAGAUCAAUGUGUCUGCUGGAGCCUUUUACGCCGGUUUUCUCAUCGAGCUGGUAGCAGGUGGUGAGGGAGCGGGGCGAAGCUCGAAUAUUCAUGCUUUCCUGUUAAUGAAACUUAAUUACGAAUUCCGUGCAAGGGUUGCCACCCGCCAUGUUAAGAUAAAGACACAGAUCUCUGUGUUGAACAUGCUAAAGCGACUGGAUAAGAUAAGGUUCAGAGGACCGAAGCGAGAUGAGUUCCUGGACCUUGCUGAGUCCCCAAACGCAUCUGACAGUGAAUGUAAUGACGACAUCCCAGUAAAACACCGGAGCUCCAUCAAAGACACAGAAGAGCAGCGAGACCCUGCUGGUUCGGGGACUCUUACCAUGUCUGCUCCUCCCAUCCAGGACUACAAAAUGUGUGAUUCAGAUGUGCGACUCAAUGAGGUCAAAGGUCACCUGGAGAUAGCCUUACUGGAAAAGCACUUUCUUCAGGAGGAGUUGAGGAAGCUCAGAGAGGAGACAAAUGUCGAGACCCUGAAGCUGGAGCUGGAGAAAGAGAAAACGAAAAGAGUCGAUCUCGAGCAGAAAAUGAAUGAAAUUCUCAGAUCCAGACUAGAAGAUUCACCACCUCCACCUCCAAAGCCACAAGUCACUUCAGUCAAUGGAACAGGGGACAAACAGAAGGAGACCUUAAGCUCUCGGCUGUGGAAAUGGCUCUAUGAGCGAUUUGGUGUUUAUAUCGAAGACUUCCGCUUUCAGCCUGAGGAGAAUACAGUCGAGACUGAGGAACCACUAAGUGCUAAAAGAUUAACUGAAAAUAUGAGACGACUCAAACGGGGUGCUAAGCCUGUAACUAACUUCAUGAAGAACCUUUCUGCCUUAUCCAGCUGGCACUCUGUCUACACGUCAGCCAUCGCCUUUAUUAUCUAUAUGAAUGCUGCCUGGCAUGGCUGGGUUAUCCCCAUGUUUCUAUUUUUAGCCAUUCUGCGGUUGUCCUUGAAUUACCUCAUAGCAAAAGGUUGGAGGAUACAGUGGAGCAUUGUGCCUGAGGUGUCCGAUCCAGUGGAACCUCCGAAGGAAGAUCUUACAGUCUCAGAGAAGUUCCAGUUAGUGUUGGAUGUUGCACAGAAAGCACAGAAUCUAUUUGGAAAGAUGUCAGACGUAUUGGAAAAGAUCAAAAACCUGUUCAUGUGGGUGCAGCCUGAAAUCACACAGAAACUGUAUGUUGGUUUGUGGAUGGCCUUUAUCGCUUCCUGUUUGCUGCCAUAUAAACUCAUGGGCUUCAUGAUUGGGAUCUAUGCCGGCAUCAAAUUCUUCAUUAUUGACUUUAUCUUCAAAAGUUGCCCCAAACUGAGGGACAAGUAUGACACACCCUACAUUGUAUGGGCCAACUUACCCACAGACCCGCAGCUCAAAGAGCGUAACAACGCCACACUGAGCAGACGGCUGUCUGGGUUUGAAAAGCAGAUCCAGCCGACGGUAGCACGUGGCAGUCAGUCGGCUGGAAUGUCAUGCGGGAUUGGCCGUGAGGAGGAAAGCGGACGGGCCUACAACACCAAGAGAGGCCCGUUUCAUGAAGUCUUCAACUUGUCUGAAAAUGAGCGCCCCCUGCCAGUGUGCGAGAAUGGAUGGCGAUGUUGCUUGAUCAACAGGGACAGGAAAAUGCCGACUGACUACAUCCGCAAUGGUGUCCUCUAUGUCACAGAAAAUUACCUGUGUUUCGAGAGCUCCAGUUCCCGGGCGACCUCCUCGAAAAAGAACAAAGUCAUCAAGCUCCAAGACAUCACAGAUAUUCAGAAGUACAAGGUGUUGUCAGUAUUGCCUGGAUCUGGGAUGGGGAUCUCAAUUACAACACCAUCUACUCUAAAGCCUCUCGUGUUUGGUGCCAUGAUUCAUCGGGACGAGGCCUUCGAUGCCAUCCACACUCAGUACAUGAAGAUCAUAAAUACCAUAGCACCUACCACAGUCACAAACCCAGAGACAUAGCUGGAUCAACAUAUGACGUAAGGUAGUCCAUAAGGCAGCCCUCACCUUAAUGUAGCACUAUCCUAACCACUAUAUGGAGAAGAUGGCUUCCAGAAGUUGUCUGCCCAAUCUCCAACCCAAAACGAUGGAUUUGAGGAGGAGAAACUGCAAAAAAAAAAAAAAAAAAGUUUUUCAUAUCCUCUUUUAGAUUACAUGUGAGUAUUAGGAAGGGGUGUUUUAUAUAAUGUUCUCUCAAAUGGCGUAAUAUAAUCUUACACAAGUGUUUGUCCAGAUGGGUCUUAUUUUAUAAGGUUAGGGGUUGGUUGUGGUUUGUUUGUCCUGUGUCCUACAACAGCGAAAUGCCACUUCAGAACAGGAGCUGGUACUCCUUUAUGUCUCACAGAGGGCUUUGUGUGAUCUGUGUGUAGUCAGACCAUAUAACCGUCUCUGAGCUUACCGCCAUUUUCACUUAAUUGCAUCACCGCUGGCCUUGCACAAAGAGAAACAGCACUUAGUGUUGCUGAGAGCUUUUAGAUGUGAUUUAGGAGGAAAGGAACAGACUUAACCGUCAACCGAAAUCCAUACGCGCAAAAAGCAGCUCACAACUGCCGACCACACCGUUCCUUGGGACGCGCCAACUUUCUCUUCGUUAUUUGUGAUACUUGUAUUAACUUAUGACAUAAAAACAACCUCACAUUUGAAAGGAAUAGUUCACAAAAUGAUCAUUUUGCUGUUUACACUCAUGUUGGUUUAAACUCAUAUAUUUAGGCGGAAUGUCCAAGCUGCUCUUUUCACCCAAAAACGAAAAUUCUGUCAACAUUUACUCACACUCAUGUUGUUUCAGAUCUGUGGGAUGCAACAGAAGAUAUUUUGAAGAAUUUUUUUUUUUUUUUCUUUCAUACAAUGAAAGUAAAUGGGGUCUGAAACAACACUGGACCCUACUGACUUUCAUUGUAUGGAAAGAGAGAAAAAAGUUUUCAAAACACCUCAUAGUAGGUUUGAAACAAUAUGAUAUACGCCUUGGCUGAACUGUCCUCAAACUGGUUUGGAUAAACAUCAGGGUGCAUAAAAACUUUUUUUUUUUUUUUUUUUUACUUAAAGCACAAAAAUAUCAUCGGUCUUACUCAUUAAAUGAAUGUGCACAAAUAAAAGACUGUUCAAACUAAUGUUAAUAUAUUAAUUCUCAUUCCUUGUCAUUGAGCCCUGAGAUUAUUGAAGUAUUUAAUGCCUUUUUGAAUAUGGUUAGUUAAGUAGAUAGUCUUAAUUUACUAAUAUUGUACCCCAAAAUAAGAUCUGAUUACUGAAGAAAGCACAGGCUAAUUUCUCUAUCUAUGUAAUAUGUUAUGAUUCUUCUAAAAGUGUGCGUAGGGAACUCCAAAUUAACAUGAUACAUAAAGGUACUACUUUGUUUUACUCAUUCAUAACCUGUAACUUUUGACUAUGCAGAUUUUAACAGCUCCUUUUGGAUAAAAAGCAGGUCUUUUCUUUCUUAAGAGAGGAGAGGGUCUGACAGUAUGUCAUGGUUUUCUGGUUUAUUUGUUCCCGACACUUUUUUUUCCUCUUCUAAUGUUUAUGCUUUUUAAAAUGUGCUGUGCUAAAUUGCACUUUAGACAGUCACUUAUUCUUUUGUUUACUUUUGUUUCUCAUCUGCCUUAUUCUGCCUUAUUUAAUUUUGUUUGCCACAUUAUCUUUCUUCAAGUCAUUUUGAGUCAGUAUAUGCCUGUUUACCAAGUUUUUAAAAGGCACUUUUGGGUUUAAUAAAUAUAUGGCCACUUAUAUAGUGGAAGAGCAUUUAGUUAGAAUAAAUAUGACGGUAAUUGUCUGUGCAGAAGUAUGUAUUUGUGAAACCAAUAUAUUAGUGCACCUUGGUUUUAUUAAUUUCACCUUUUAACAUUGUUCUGAAAUCAAAUUCCAUUAAUUAUUGAUUCUUGAAGUGGAAAAAUUUUACCACCAAUGAUUGUCAUUUGCCAAAUAAAUGUGUAUUGUUGUUUGCACUCUGUUUCUGCCCCAGAACAGUUUCGUUUACAGACAUUUGUGUUCCGCAAUAGGCUAGUUUGAUCCCUGGAGCAAUGGGGGCAUGAAAAUUAGCCUUUGUUGCCUGUGAUGAAUGUUAAAGGAGCUGGAAAAUCAUAGUUUUUAAAUGCCUUGUUGAAACAACAUUUUAUUCUUUUAUUUUGCAUUCUAACACAUCCAGCUUUAAGAAUUUGAUUACUGUUCCCUGGAAGUUGUUGGUUGUAGCAUGAAAGGGUGUUGUUUUUGUGUUAUUUCACUCAGUGUAUUACUCUGUUCAAGUCUUUUACGUAUCUGUUUAGUUGGUUGUAUAGCCCACAGUUGUCACAAUCACAUUUACAUUGGUACGGCCACCCAACAACUGGGUUUAAUAGACUUUGCAGAGGAGCAACCACAGUAACUACACAGAGACUUGAGUAAAUCUGAAUGUGACUGGAUGUUUGUUUAUCAGACAUUUGUAUUUACACUGGAUGUACAUGUCUGGUAAACUCUUUCCUGCUUUCCUCUGAUUAGUCUUCAUUGGAGAGAAAUAAACUCGGAGUUCUUUGUAA